AUGCUGAUAUACUUGAGUGUUGCGCAUGCUUUGACAAGAGGCAACGAAACUGUGCAGGAAUUAAUAAAGUUCGCCGUCUACGUGGCUGGUGCAAGUAGAUCAACAGACACCUUGAAGACUAGCAUUUCCGCACUUUGCGGAAAGACGAAGAAAGCCCGUGAUGAAUUUAAGACUGCAUUUGCGACUGUUCCAAAUUGCAACACCGAUCAGGACUGCCAAAAAUUGAAAACAGCGGCAGAAAAUUUACACUGUCCAAUUGAUCUCAGUGCAAUCGACACAUCAAUGACAAAUGGAGUAACCAGUGAUCUGGAACAAGCCGCAAGAGAAUUGGAGACAAAACUGAUCGAUAUUAAUCAAGCAAUCGAGGAAAUAAAAUCAUCAACAAGCCAAAUAGCUGUUUCGAUCGAGGAAAAACUCGACCUCAAAACGGUGCUCGAUUCGAUCAACAAGUUUUGGGAUGACACCAGUGCACAGGUCGGUGGUGUGACCAAGAAUCUGCAAGACCUCUCCACCUCUGUUGACAACGGACUUUCACAAUACUCGGGAUACAUUCGCAUCGGCUUCUACGUAAUCGGCGGGUUCUUCAUAUUGAUGUUGGUCAUCGCAGCCCUCAUUGCUGCGCGUCUUCUUUACCGAGCUUUUCGAGAUCGACUCUACGCUGGCGCUGACACCGUGCUCACAUAUGCACCUGGCAAUAAGUGGGACAAGAUCGUCUGCGGAAAGGGGUCGGUGUGCUGCUGUUCGGUGAUUUUCAUUCCAAUCCUGCUCAUCUUUGCCGCCAUUAUUGCAGUUCUGCUAUUCGCGUUGACGUCGGUGUCAGGUGAGGGCUGCAUCUACGUCACUCGGGAGACAGGUGUGAACAAGACUGACUUCGUGGUGGACGGAUUGUUGGCUCGGCGAUGGCCGUCACUUGUCGGUAGGUCGGUUGAAGAAGCCAAUGAGUUCCUCUACGCCCCACCUCCCAGGCACGUGCUCUACGCUCUUACCCAGACCUGCCGUGGCAGCACAAAGCAGUCGUCCAGAAGUGGCCUUCUCUCUGCCGUGGGAUACAACAAUCUGGUGAAUGUCUCGAAAUUGAUUAAUAGUAAACAAGUGCAGGAUGGGAUUGCCGAAGGAAAGAAGAUUAUUCGAACUGAGGUAAAGAACCACAAUCUUCUCUCAAACCUGCCCAGUGUAACAGAUUUAGAUAAUGCUCAAAAAGCAUUUAACAAUGCAGUAAAGGACUUUAAUCUAACGACACUCAUAAACUCGACGGAUUCGAAAAUGUUAGAUCCUGCACCCAUUGAAAAGCUUAUUACCGAACUGAUGGAUUUUUCCAACAAGAAUCCUACAAGUGACUUUGCAAAGGGAAUCAGCACCCUUGAGGGAGUAGGCGUCCAAAUGAAGAACCUCCAGCCGGAGAUGAAGAGCACGCGCGGUCAUCUUCAGAAAGUCGAACAAGAAAAAAAGAAUAUUCUGUCUCCAGUUGAGAGGCUGGUUGGGGCUUUUAAGACAACCAUUAAUGCUGCUAGUGAUGAGUCCAAGUUGGUAGGCAAAGUCGAAGCUGAGUAUGACAAGGUGACCACGGAGCUGCUUGCCUUCAUGGCGAGGGAUGGCGGUGUCACAUUCUCCCAGCUCACCCGUGACCUCUUCCCCUGUGAGGAGGCCUACCGAGCAGUCAAUGUGGCACUGGCUGUGUCCUGUGGUGACGAGGGCGCCCUCAAUCGAUUCGUCGGUGUGGUCUACGUCCUGGCACUCACCGUCCUCUUCAUCUGCUUCUUCUACUUCUCCCUCUUCAACCUCGCCUUCAUGCAGGCCAUCCAGAUUUAUCGAUUAUCGACCAUGAAGUUUACCUAA